GGCACUAGCGCACGCAUCCGUUCUCGCUUUACCGAUCUAUCUUUUUGCCUUCACGGUUUUCGCUGUUGGUUUUAUUUUUUAAGUUAGUUUUGGACUACUUGGUCAGUUUUUUUCUUUUAGUUUUUUUUUUCUUCGUGACGAUACAGGUCGAGAUGGGCUCGGCUGGGUGACCAAGAGUAACGUCUUUUCAGAGCAGUUUCGGGACAAUCGGAGGAGAGAUCGGUUAGUACGAGGAUCGUCGUUGCAUAAGCGUAAUCGGUGAAGAUGAUCGUCAGAGGAAGUGCCCUCGUGAGCCGCUGGUUUUUCUCACUGAGCUUGGUAACAGUGCUGUCGAUAGCCCAAGAGACGGACGUGCCGGGUUUGAGGCUCGGAUCCGAGUGCAACAGGAACAAGGAAUGCGAGGCGACGAUCAGCAGGAGCCAGUGCCACCUCGGCUAUUGCUCCUGUCUGCCCUACUACGCCCAGUACAACGAGACCUUCUGCGUCGAGUCCACCCUACUGGGCAACGAGUGCCUGGUUGACGAGCAAUGCUCCCUCAAAGUGGCCAACAGCACCUGCCACGAGGGCCUCUGCAAGUGUCAGGACGGCUACCUCUCCUAUCGCGCGCACUCCUGCUUGGGCCCGGCGAGGCUCGGCCAGGUGUGCUUCAGCAACGCACACUGCCAGCUGUGGGACAGCGACACCCACUGCGCGUUCGUCAUACCGGAUCUGUUUGGUCACUGCCAGUGCACCUCGCCCAUGAGGCAGGACGGCGAGGUUUGCCGGCCCGACCGACUAGUGAGGCCACCGGCGCCUACGAGCCCGCAACCGCUCGGGCUGUCGAGCAGCACCGGUAGCGAACCCAAACCCCUGGCCGCGGCCUCUACUCGCUCGCGCACCAAGACUACCACCAGCUCGAGCUUGGACGACGAGGACACCGGCGCGCAACUCUCUUGGCUGCGCAACGCGACGUUGCUGCUGUCGACCGUGGCCCCGACGCAACUGAUGCCCGUGAACAUCGUGACGAGGCCGUCAGUGCGCGCCGAGUUCCACCCCAACGAGCUCCCAGAGGACGACGCGAUCAUUGUCGACGCGGAGAUUCCCGAACUCGUGCAAACGACCACGAGCACCUCGAGCACCGCCUCGACGCCGCUGAAGACCGAUCGGCACGAGAGUAGCGCGUACUCGGCCGUGUCACUGGGGCUGCCGUGCUCGUGGGACGUCGAGUGCCAAAUGGCCGACCGCAACAGCCGCUGCCUGGACGGUAUAUGCGAGUGCGCGCGUCGGGGUGGCAACGGGACCUGGUGCAGCGCUCGUCAGCGGGGCUGCGCCCCCAACACCUUCCAGUGCCGCGGCUCCGGGGCGUGCAUCAGCUGGUACUUUGUCUGCAACGGCGAGCUAGACUGCAGCGACGGCUCCGACGAGGAGUGCAACCUCGCCCGGGGCCACUCGAGGUCGUCCUCCCGCUGUCCGGCACAGGCGUUCAGGUGCAAGAGCAGCUCGGUAUGCGUAUCCCGGGCCUCUCUGUGCGACGGCCGCAAGGACUGCCCCAAGGGGGAGGACGAGGUUGGCUGCAGCGACCGGAGAAAGUGUCCGGACGGUGCCUUCCGGUGCAACAACGGCCACUGCCUGCCGGCGUACGAAUUUUGCAACGCAAUAGUGUCGUGCAGGGAUGGCAGCGAUGAGCCCAAGGCCCUCUGUCGCACGAGAAACCGCGGCUACUUGCAGCCCCGUGACUGUCCGUUCAAGUGCGCCAACGGCCGGUGUCGCUCCGACGCGAUAGUCUGCAGCGGCAGGGACGGAUGCGGCGACAACUCCGACGAGGCCAACUGCUCCGUUUGCAACGAGAGGUAA